AUGGAGCCUUCGUUUGAAAGAGGACAAGAAUUUUGUUAUUGUGUUAGAGCACCCAGUAAUGAAGGAUUUGAUGUUCUGAAUCUUAAUGUUAAAAUUGAUACUUCCUGGAUUUUCCAGGAUUUAGAAGACGUAGAGCAUGGAAGUACAAGGGAGUCUGAAGGGGCAGUAAAAAGUGCUGAAGUGGAGACCUUGAAUCUCAGAAUAAAGCAGCUGGAAAAGUCAGAGCAAAAACUGAAAGACAUUUUAGAGGACUACACAAAGUCAAAUUCUGUACUAGGAAACAGAGCAAAGGAGCUGGAACGGUCACAGAAGAAACUUUUCGAAACAGUUGACCAACUGAAUGCAAAGCUACAGCAGGUAGAAAAUGCAAACCUACGUGUUAAAGGGAAGCUCCGAAACCUUCAGGUGGAACUGACAGAUUUGGUUCAAAAACAAGAAAAGGCAGAAAGAAAUCAAAAAGAAAAGCUAUGGCGACUUCAGGACCAGCUGAAGACAAAAGAGGAUGAAGUAAAGAGUCAGUCAGCAUAUUUCGAGCACUACAAACAAAAGCAAAAGCAGAAGACAGCAGUGUUGAGAGAACGGGAGUUGUCCCUUCAGGGUCAUGUGUCCAGGCUGGAAAAGGAAGUCCUAGAUCUCAAUGCCACUACAGCUUUUCUGUUCUCUGAGCUAGGAGAGGGAACUGUACAAUUUCUCCGAUGCAAACUGGAAGCAGCAUUCAGUGGAAUUCAGGGAUCUUUACACUUUGAUGUGAAUAUAACUAAAAUAAAAACUCUCAUUGAAGAUGUGGAUCAUUACAUGAAAAGCCACCUACAGACACUGCAGCAAAAUCUGAAGAGGUUACAGGAAAAAGAAGAAGGUAAUAAUAGAGAACAAGCAGACCUACUAACUAAACUUCAGCACUCCCAGGACAAUGAAGACUUCCUGACAAGGAAAUUCGAGGAGUCUUGCUGUCGUGUUUAUGAGCUGAAAUUGUCUGAGAUCGGCCUUCAGGAACGAGUGGAGGAACUUAUGGAAGAAAACAGCACGUUAAAGGACAAACUGGGAGCAAAGUUACCAAAAGAAGCAGAAAAGGAGCUAUUGCCUGCAAGAAUGGAAAAUGGAGAAAAUAAAGCUGUAAGUGGUAACUGGAAUGCUGACCUAUUUUUCCAGGAUGAGCAGCUAACUCUGAAGAGGGAGGCAGUCUUGGAUCCAGUCAGAAACAAAGCUAGUCAAACUCCAUCUUUUCUACAACAUACCAAACAGUCUCAUACAACAGCAAAGAUAGCAUCAGAAUGUGGCUAUGGCUGGCUUAAUAAUGUGGAGGGGUUGCCAAAGGAACUUCUCAUACCAUUUUUAGAGCACAGCUCCAGUGCCUUGGUGCAAAUUGUUGAAGAACCCAGGCUAGCUGACGCUGAACAGGUCAUACUUGGUGCACAAAAAUCAGCUGGUGCUUCUCUGUUGUUUGGAUGUACUCCAAGACAGCUUAAAAACAGACAGCUAAUCUUAUCUUGCUCUGAGAGACUAAGCACUGAUGGGAGAAGUAAGAGGACCAAAGAAAAAGAAUAUUUCUUUCUCUUAAAGGAACAAUCUAUAAAUCAACCAGCUAAUCCUUCGCCUGUCUUCACGGUUGCCACUUUGAUUGAGCCUCAGUUUGUCUUGCUAGAACCUGAAAUCCACAGAGUCUUAUGUGUUAGAUCAGAAUCUGUUUUCCCAGUGAUCAAAAUGCUGAAUUUGAAUUACAACCAGACAUAUCACAAUAACUUUUGUCUUUCUAAUGGUGUCUUGCAUGUUGUGAAAGGAGUUUCUUCUGGUAAAGAUUCUGAAGCUCUAAAAGAAAAGGUUGCUAACACUGAGACUGAAAUUUUCAAACUCCAGGUUGAAAAAGAUUAUAUGGAAAAAUGUUUGCAAAAUAAAAAAGCUAUACAGAAAAGCACAGAUGAAAAGAAAAACUCAAAUAAAGAAAUAAAUGAUGGAAAAAAUCAAAGUAGAAAUGGUCCAGAGAAAUCUCAGCGAGACGAAAAAAGGGAUGAGAAAGCACAAAUCAGAACAAUAACUUGCAUUUCUGAAAAAGCCAACAAAGCUGCACAUGCUGAAACUGCGGCGCAAGAAGCAGAACCAACAUUUCAUACAGCAAGCAUUCCAGGUGACCAAAACAUGUCUGUCCUACACAAGGAAUUAGAGGGAUAUCCCCAAGAGAACUCUGAACUUAAGGAUGAACAUGGAAAACAUUUAGCAAUCUGUACUUUUGAUGAAGUGAACAGAAAAUGCCUAGAAAAUAACAUUUUUGUGACACAAGAGAAGGGUAAACAACCUGAGAAUCUAACUGACCAAAUAAAAGUGUGUGUACAAAAAAGGGUUGAACUGAAAGAAAAGAGAGAGCAAUGUUUGAAACUGUAUGAACGAGAAGAUGAGGAUAAGUCAUCAUGCAAACAAAUGACUUGUCAGAUAGAGGAAUAUAGUAAAUGCUCUCAAAAACUAUCUGCACUGAAGGAAGAUAAGUAUAUGUAUCCACUGAAUAUAUUGUCUCCUGCACAAGAGAGAAAUUUAUACUUAAAUAAAGGGUUAGCACUAGAGGAAGAAUAUUCUGAACAUGGCCAUCUAUCAGCAGCAGCAGAAGAAAACAAUGAAUAUACCCUGGAAAUAGAUAAGUUAGAGAAGUUAGUGGAUAUAUAUUCUCAAAGAAUAUCUGCACUGAUGAAAGAGAAUGGGAGUUACUCACAGAAACUCCUCAUGUUACAGGAAGAGAAUGAUAGAUAUUAUCAGAAGAUGUGUGCACUAGAAGAGGAGAUAGAUGCAUAUUCUCGAAACAUAUUAACAGUACAUGAAAUUGAUGUUGACUCUUCCCAAAAGUUAUUAGCCAAGGAGGAAAUAUAUGGUAAAUGUUAUAACAGUGUUUCAAAAGAAAAGAAUUUUAGGUGCCCAGGAGCGAUUUGUGUUCUCUUGGGUGAGACUGAAAUCCUUUCCAAGAACGUCUCUGACCUGGUUAAAGAGGAAGAUAGAAAUUCUGAAAAAGAAAUACCAGUGAUGGAAUCAAAUAAAUUUCUCAAGAAAAUUGUAGCUCUUGAUGAAAAGAAGAUUAAAUAUUUCCAGCUGCUUUCUGGUCUCAAAGAGGAGAGAAAUAGCUUUUUCAGAGAAAUAGCUAAACUAUUACAAGACAAAGAAAAAUAUAUAAGAAAAACUCAUGAACUGGAAGAAGAGAGAGAGAGAAAUUUACAGAUAAUAUCUCAACUAGAAGGAGACAAAGAAACUUUAUUGGGAAGUUUGAGUGAGCUGAAAUGUGAACAAGAUAAAUACAUGACAAUGAUUUCUGAACUGAAUGAGUGCAAAACCAAAUGCUACCAAACAAUUUCUGAUCUACAAGAGGAAAAACAUAUACUGAAAAAUGAUAUGGAUGGAGUCCACAGGGAAAGUUCUGAACAGCUUCUAGAAUCUCGGAAAGUGAUUGAGAACAUUCUUCAAGAAAACAAUGAACUGAAGGAAAUAAUGUCUGCUCUUGGAAUCAGCUAUGAAGAGCUGAUAAAAGAUAAAAUUUCUGGAAUGGAAGGAAAGUUGUUAAGAUUGAAGCAAGAAAAUAAGAGUCUACCACAUAGAAUGCAAGCAAAGGAAACAGAGAUGGCUUCUGGUAAAAUACAGACUAAAGAAAAAGGAAUUCAAGUUAUAGAACACUCAAACUAUCUCACUAGAAAAGAUAAAGAAAUCUGUUUGGAAGAGGAUAUUGGUAGCAUUAAAGGAUAUUGUCAAGUGGGAUGUUCUAAAAACACUGAGACUUCUAAAUGCCAUUUUAGUAAUGUUGGGAUAAGUGCAUUUUUGGGUGAUCAAAACAUUAUGAUCUCCAGGGUGCCCCAAAAGACUUCUGAGAGACCGGAGGUGACAAAGUUAGCCUUUGAAACAGAAGACAAAAUAUCAAGCAACAGUUUUUCUGAAUGUUGUGUUAAAGUGCUGGAGAAUAUGGAACAAGAAUCUGCAAAGGGCAGCACCUCUGAAAGCUACAGUGCAAUGCAAGAACAACUGGAAAGGUCAAAGGAAGAACUAAAAAUACAACGAGGGGAAUUAGAAAAGGCCAAAAAAGAGGCUCAGAAGUGGUACCGAGAACUUGGCUUUGUGGAAGCAAGAUAUGAAGAGGUCAGAACUCAGUUGACACAGACACUCUCUGAAUUACAUCAACUUAAACUAGCAGAUGGCGGGGAAAGGCUUAGAAAGCAGUGCUGCCAAUUAAUGAAGGAAGCUGAAGAACUGAAAGAGGAUAGAAUAGCCAAUAAGAGAUUAGAACAGCAAGUGCUGACCCUGAAAUCCCAACUAAGAGACCAGACUGCAUUACAAAGUCAGUUUCAAGACUUGCAAAACCAAGUGGAAUGCCUUCAGGCUCAGCUGUGUGAAAAGACUGAGGAACUUCAGAAAAGAAAGACUGAAACUGACCUGACAGUAGCUCCGCUCAAGGCUAAGCUUGCUUGCCUUGUCCGGAAAUGCCACGAAAGAAACAGCUUGAUUACCCAGCUGGUCAGGGAAUUUCACAGGCAUGGAAUUAUGGAUUCCAUUUUCAAUGAAGAGGCAAAGAAUUUGGUGAAUGACAUGGCGCUUGCAGAGUACACUACCACCUUUACAUCUGUAUGCAAUCGAGAGAGACGAUCCCAGCAAUUUGUAAUGCCUGAGAAGACAGCACACAGACGAGCGUCACAGACUCUUAUGCCUACUGGGGAAGACAGUGAUUUGCAUCUGAGUGGGUCAUUGCAUUCUAGAACCUGCACCGCUACUGCUGACUUUCAUCUGUCACCAGAGAUGCCUCAAACUGUGCUUCCUGUAUUACUGCAUCCUGUUGUAGACACUUCACAGGUCAAUAGACUGCCAAAUAAUCAUGGGACCUACGAGGCUGAAGCGAAUGAGAAGGCAAGGCCAAUUCCUGCAAGCUUUCUACAGAAGUCAGAUGACAUCUGCUGUGCUCACACAACUCAAAACAAGUGCACUACUUCUCCUUUAAAAUUAACAUGCCCAGAGAGGAUCAUAGCCUUGCAUCGAGAGCUUAGACAAAACCAUCGCAGUAAUUACCAGAUACCUUCAUUUGCCUCUUCCAAUUCAAAACUGAAGGCGGAUUGCAAUUUGUCCUCAGUCUGUCAUCCAGCCCAAGAUGUGACUUCCCAGCCUGUAGUGUCAAAAAUGAACAAUUCACUGAAACUUUCAGACAGGAGCUCUUUCCAUCUCAUAAAUGGGAGGUACCAGUUGUCUAAAUUUGAUGACGUAUUCCACAGUCAUCCAGAAAAUCAGCUUGCAGGUGCUGUUCUCCAGGGAAGGAGAAAGAAAAAUGUCAUUAUGAAUAACACAUGGAUCUCGGGAGAAAAACCAGAUGGCUCAACCUCAGCUACCACAGCAAAAAGCUAUUUGUCAGAUGUGUUGUCAGCAAGUAAUAAAGGUCAAAAUCCUGCUGGGGAGAAAUCAGCUUCACUGGAAAGAGUAAAAGCAUCAGAAAUAAAACAAGGACCUCCUGCUCCAGUUGAUUCGGUCUAUAUUAUUAAAGCUGUGGGAAAUAGCAGCAUGAUGAUUGGCUGGGAGAGACCCGUGGUAGAUGAAUUAGGAUGUAGCAAUGGAACUUUCAUUACAGGAUACAGGAUAUAUACAGAUGGGGAAUUUCACAAAUCUGUUAUGAGUUCAGCCUGCACUAAGACUAUUUUAGAAAAUCUGGAUCUUUCUGUGCCAUUUCAAAUCAGCGUUCAGACUGUUGGUUCUUCUGGUUUGGUUUCUGAGAAGAUGAAUGUUCAAUUUAGUUGUCCUUUAACAAAAAAGGAAGCUUCAUCAUUUGCCUCUAGUGAUUACCCUGAAGACGAAAAGCCUGAUGCCAGCUCCCAUGAGGUAACAGCAACCGCUCUGUUAUCAAUGGAAAGUCUUAUCCUCUGA